AUGACGUGGUGCUGGCGAUUAACAACAGGGAAUCACUCAAUCAACAAUUAUAUUAUUGUUUUAACAUUCAGAUUCCCAGAAAUAGAUGUGGAAAGAAGGAGCACAGCUACAGCAUUUUACAGGCUAAGCCGAAUACCUAGGGUGAUUGGUGCUAUAGAUUGCACGUUGAUACCAAUUACUACCCCAACUUCCCACGAGGCAUCAUAUGCGUGUCGAAAGGGUUACCACGCCUUAAAUGUCCAAGCUGUGGUGGACACUAAGUUGAGAUUCAUUGAUGCUGUGGCGCGGUGGCCUGGCGCAACCAAUGAUGCUACUAUCUUUGAGAUGUCUGGGUUGAAGGAUUAUCUGGAGGCAAAUGCUGUUGGUGUAUUGCUGGGUGAUUCGGGUUAUGCUUUACGAAAUUAUCUAUUAACACCAAUCCUAAGACCCACUGCCAACGCACAAGUGGCAUACAAUGAUGCCCAUGCCAGGGGCCGUGUAGUUGUUGAGAGGGCAUUUGGCGUGCUGAAGUCACGCUUUAGAUGCUUGCACAGAUCUGCAGGCUGUCUAAUGUUUUCACCUGCCAAAUGUCAGCAAAUUGUCAUUUGCUGCAUGAAAUUGCAUAAUUUAUGCAUUGACAAUGGACUGGAUUUCAAUGAACAAGUUCUUCCAGAUGAUCAACCAGAUACCUUUCAACCAGUGGCUCAUGUUGGACUGGUACACCACCAAACAUGCAGAAAUGCAGUUGUGCAGUCUUUUACCUGA